AUGUCCGGAGAAAACGACAGCGGAAGCCCUGCGGCUGAGCGCCAGGAUGCCCCCGCCGGCGGCAGCGAGCACCUCAACAUUAAGGUGACCGACAACAACAACGAGGUCUUCUUCAAGAUCAAGCGAUCCACCAAGCUCGAGAAGCUGAUGACAGCCUUCUGCGAGCGCCAAGGCAAGAGCGUCGAAGCCGUCCGUUUCCUGUUCGAGGGACAGCGAGUGCAGAAGAGCGAUACGCCUGACUCGCUGGAGAUGGCGGAUGGCGACACCCUAGAAGUCCAUCAGGAGCAGGUCGGAGGCGCGUGCCGCCGUUAA